AAAGAUCAACAUCAAACUUUAAUAGACAUCACAAUAUAAUAGAAUGGCCAUAUUAACGCCGAAUGAUAAAGAGAAAAUCAAGCGUGCUGUUCCCAAGGCGAACAACAAAAUAAUUGAUGCUACCGUGGCAAGACUAUAUAUUGCCUAUCCUGACCCCACCAAAUGGGUGUAUACUGGAUUAGCUGGAGCCAUUGCUCUAGUUGACGAUCUAGUAGGUCACACUUUCUUUCUCAAAUUGGUUGAUAUUGUUGGAAAUAGAGGUGUUUUAUGGGAUCAGGAGUUGUAUGUCAAUUUUGAAUAUAACCAAGACCGUAAAUUCUUUCACACCUUUGAGAUUGAAGAUUGUUUGGUGGGAUUGUUGUUUGAAGAUACCAAUGACGCCACUCAUUUUUUCAAGAGAGUAACUACUCGCCAGAAGCAUGGAUCUAGUGCUACUGUCAAAAAUAAAAAUGCAAUUGCAUUAAAGGAAAGAGCGGGUCCUAAGGGUCCGCUGGCCCCUGGUCCAAGAGGAGAAUUUGUCGAUGUCAAUACAGCGCAAAGACAACGAAGAAGUAAAGGGGUAUUUUAUUAUGAUGAUGUACCUCCUCCUGAAUGGAGAUCUUUAUAUGCCGAGUUAGAAGCAGCUGGUAUUAGUGAAGAUAUGAUUGCUGAUAAUAGAGAGUUUAUUAAGGAUUACAUUGCCAAGCAAGGUGGACCAUUGGUAGGGUUAGAACCACCAAUUCCUAGAAAGUAUCAACGUAUAGUGGAACAUCAACCUACUAGAAUACUGUCAACCGCUUCUAAACACAAGAAAGCACCGCCACCACCACCACCUCCUCCUCCAACCGGAGCAGCUCAAGUUUCAGCUACUCCGGAGUCAUCACAUCAAGGAACACCAGAUGUUUAUUCACCAUCGCCUGAGCCUCAGGUUCCUAGCGAUGGAUCACAGCAUGAUUCAUCUCCUCCAGUUCCAGAACCAGCUCCCGCUUUAAGAUUUAGAGUUCCACCGGCAUCAGCAUUACCACCACCGGUGAUAAAUACUUCAUUGCCAAGUCAACCACCUGUGAAUCAGCAAGUAUCUUCUCCAUUUCUGCCACCUGGUCAACAACAACAACAACAAUACCAACAGCCAUAUCAGUACCAUCUGGCUUAUCAACCUCAACCUCAAUCCCCACAACAACCACAGGGACCACACAAAUUUGGUGUUCCUCCUCCGUUCCAGCCUCAAGGAGGUGCACCACCACCAGCACCACCAAGUAGAGCCAAUGGAGUACCACCACCUUUACCACCAGCAAGAACAGGAAAUGCUCCACCUCCAUUACCAGGAAGAGCAGGAGCACCACCACCGCCACCAAGAGCCGUUAGUCAAGGCUCGGCUCCACCACCACCACCUCCUCCUAGAACUGCUAGAGGGCAAGCUCCACCUCCUCCUCCACCACGAGCACAUAGGACUGGAUCGUCGCAACAAUUCCCUCCUGUACAGAACCAAUAUCAACCUAUGUCACCACCUCCUGCUAUGAACCAAAAUAGACCAAUACCUGUUCCACCUCCAAUGCAUCAUCAACAACCUCCUCCCCCACCACUUCCACCUAUGCAUCAGCAACAGGUUCCACCACCUCCACCACCCAUGCCUCAACAACAGCAGCAACAAAUCCCACCACCACCACCACCACCACCACCAAUGCCGCCCAUGGGUGGAGCAGGAGCACCACCUCCACCUCCACCUCCACCUAUGCCUGAUAUGUCUUCAGGAGGUGCUCCCGCACUUCCAGAAGCUACAGGGGAUACAGGAAGAGAUGCACUUUUGGCGUCAAUCAGAGGCGCAGGUAUUGGUCAAUUGAAAAAAGUAGACAAGUCACAAUUAGAUAAACCUAGUGUAUUGUUGCUGGAAGCUAGAGGAGAAACCCAGUCUGCACCACCAGCCGCAGGAGGAGGAGGAGGAGCUCCUGGACAACCUGCAACUUUAGCUGAUGCACUUUCUGCUGCCCUUAACAAAAGAAAAGGAAAAGUUGCACAUAGUGAUAACGAAGAUGAUGAUGACUGGUAGGUCUAUACAGAUGUAAAAUUGUAUUUAAAACACGUAAGAUUUUUAGGCUUAUCUAUAUCUUUCUAUAUGUU